CGCACUCCGUGAUCAUGAACUUUUCAACACCACAGUCUGCUGGCUCCAAGGGUGAUGCCUCUUCCGACAGUCGGUUUGUAUCCCCUGGCACCAGACGACAGCCGCUCAGUGCCUCUGGCACCCCAGUGCUGCAGAGCUGCCCCCAGAACGAUGAUGAACGGGAGAGAAAACAGCGGAGACGCUCCAGAGUGUUUGAUCUACAGUUUAGCACUGAAUCGCCUCUGUCCAUACAGUCCCCAGUUAGCAAGCAAGCAGAGACAUCGCUGCCAGCAAUCCCACAAUUGUCCAAUACUCAGAUUGCAGAUCAUUACUCCACGUGCAUCAAGCUUUCAACAGAAAAUAAAAUCACCACAAAGAAUGCAUUUGGCUUACACCUCAUUGACUAUAUGACUGAAAUACUCAAGCAGAAAGAUUCUGAACUCACCAACUUCAAGGUAGCAGCUGGUACCCUAGAUGCCAGCACGAAGAUCUAUGCUGUGAGAGUGGAUGCUGUCCAUGCAGAUGUUUAUCGCGUCCUUGGAGGGUUGGGCAGAGAUUCUGCAGCUACCGAGACUGAGAAUAACCAGGAUACAGGUGGUGGAAAGGAGGACUUGGAGCAGUCCAAGAAGCGUUCGAUUAAGAGGAAGCAUCUCUACAAAACCAUUGAACAAAAUCUGAAUAACAUCAACGUCUCCGAGACGGAUCGCAAGUGUGAGAGUGAUCCCAUGUUCCAAAAAACCGCCUCGUCCUUUGAUGAAUGCAGUACAGCUGGAGUGUUCCUUACCACACUUCACACGCACAGCCACCUCAGUGAAGUCCUAUUCGAUUCCAUGGUUGUUCCUCUGCCUUCUUCUGCGACUUCUGAGAUGCCAAGUUCUUCUCCUGUCAACGUGACUGAUUUAAAACCCAUCCUUCUACGAUGUGUUGAAAAGUCUGCCAUUUGCCCUUCAUUGUCUGGCUUUCUGUUUACUCAGUGGAACAGUGAAACCCAUAACGAGUCAGUCUCUGCUCUACUGGAUAAAUUCAAGAAGAGUGACCAGGCUUUUGAUAUCAACGCAGAGGCUGAUAACGACCCCCAGGAAUUUGUUGACGACAGAAUGGAAGAUGAUUUUGAUGCUGACGUUCUAGACAAGACGAUGGCAAGAGAUCUUGGCGAAUUCUCCGAGAAGCUGGAGGCACACCGCAUAGCACCGGGAGACUCAAGAGAAAAACUGGCUUCAGUAAGAGAAGGGGAUAUUGGGUCCAUGUGUCUGCAGCUGUCUAUGAACCCCAGCGAGUAUUCUUACUUCAGCCCCCGAAUUAUGUCCAUGUGGGCAGGCCCAGAGCACUGGCGUUUUAAACCACGCCACAAAGGUGAUGCCAACCCUGAAAAAGUCAGUAAAAGGAAAACGAUUAAGAAAGCCUUUGAGAUCAAUUUUGACGAGGAGAUUGAUUUUGAAGUUCACUUCCGCAAAACCCGGGCAGCUACGGUACUGGCCAAAUCCACCCUUGAAAACCAAAACAAGAAAAGCAACACCCUCCCAACAGACUUCCAUUACAAUCCAGACAACCUCACUCAGCUGUUUCUCAAACCACAAAUCAGGCUAUCGAAGAUGUCACUCCAGGGUCGUUCACCCAAUCAUGAUGAUGAUGAUGAAGUUGGAGAAUACGAUUACAACAAUCCCAAUGAUACCUCCAACUUCUGUCCCGCGGUGCAGGAUGAUGACAGUGAUGAUGAGAACAGCCCUUUGAACUUUGUGGGUCAGGACGGGGUAUUCGAAAUGACAGCCCAUCCUACAGGUAGAGAGGACCAAGAUGGAGAACUUGGUGGAAAGGUCAGAGAGCUCCACAUCUUCACCUACGGUGAAGCCAAUAUGGUAGCUGAGCCUCAAAAGGUGAACAAAAUAGACAUUCAAUAUGCAAAAACUGCCAAAAAGAUGGACAUGAAGAAGCUCAAACAGACCAUGUGGCACCUCUUGACAGAAGUCCCAAAGAAUCAGGAUAAGGAAGAGAGUGAAGGCCCAGAGGAAAAGGUCAAGUCUAUAUCCGUCGGAGGCUCGAAGGCCUUCAGCAGCAUCACCACCGACCUACUUCACAGGCUGCCUUCCGUGAUGGCAAAAAACCUCUCUGUGCCCUUGGCCUUUGCUUGCCUCUUGCACCUGGCUAACGAAAAGAAUCUGAAACUACAAGGGGUGCAAGACUUGUCUGAAGUCUUAGUGCUACAAGAAGAUUAACCCUGUGCUGUCCAACAUUCUUCGGCCUCCACAAAGAGGGAAUGUAUCUGUCCUUUGAGACUUUUCUCCAGCUCACAAAGCGAAGGGCAGGAACCUCUGCCUAGCUCCCAUCGUUUCUUCCUGGGAUAAAUAGUGUAUGAUUUUCAAAUGAUUCUGGCAAUCGGAUCUGUUUGUCUUUUAAUGAGCCAGGGGGCUUUG